AUGGAAUCUGUUCCCUCUGGGGACCAGAACAUGUUCUGGACCAUCCUGAUCCUCAGGACCCUGUUCCUGCACUGGGACAACAGAGACCUGUACUGGGAGCUGGACUGGGAGCUGGAGUGGGAGCUGGAGUGGGAGCUGGACUGGCUUCGACACAACGUGACAAACCGCACAGAGCGGCGGCUUCUACUGGCUUUGGCGUGUGGAAGGGUGAGUGUAAAAGGCAUGGUUUGUCCGGUGAAACGCUGCAACUACACGGGAAACAGAGUGGACAGGCACUUGAAGGAGGUCCAUGCCGAGCUGCAAGACUGGAAGGAGCACCUGAGACGGCUUCAGCGUAGCAGGACGCUCCAGUUAAUGGCCGAACUGCGGAGGUCCGAACCACAGCCGCCGCUCGCAACCACUCUGGACCUGGACCACGGUCAGCCCGCCACCGUGGAGACAUCCAGCCCGCAGCGCAGCCCUCCGCAAAGCCCGGACGCACAGAGCGCCACCGUGGAGAGAUCCAGCCGGCAGCGCAGCCCUCCGCAAAGCCCGGACGCACAGAGCGCCACCGUGGAGAGAUCCAGCCCGCAGCGCAGCCCUCCGCAAAGCCGGGACGCACAGGCCACCCUGGAGACAUCCAGCCCGCAGCGCAGCCCUCCGCCAAGCGAGGAGGAGGAGGAGGAGGAGGAGGAGGAGGAGGGAGAGGCCCAUGCUGCUGCACGUCCCUGCAGGGUGGGUAAAAGAGGAUCUUUUAACCCGCCACCAUCCAUUUUCCCCCCAUGCGUCUGCAGCUACCUGGAAGAGUUUCAUGUGCACCUGGUCGGUGCCCUGCCAAGAGCCAAGCACUUGGAGAACUGCGGCUCCAAGAUGAAGCGGCUCAGGGCGUUCUUGAGCCACCUCAGCGAGGGCAAGUCCGAGCUGCGCACCUGGCAGUUUGUGGAUAAUGUGCGGAGGGUCAUGGCCUGGCCGGCGUACCUGCAAGGGCAGGGCAAAGCCGUGACAACCAUCAAGGUGUACUUGGUGAACGUGAGCCAGUUCCUGGCCUACUUUGCUGAAACGCCGCCGCCGGACAGCACGCUUUCCAGGGCGCAGAUCGUGCGCGCGACCAGGGCGGUGAAGGCUGCCUCAUCGCAGAUUGCAACCGGCAUUGUGCUGCGCCAGAUCCGCGUCAAAGCAGCCAAGGAGCAGCGGAUGGUGACAGCGGAUCUUCUUCGCAGGUGUAGGACCGGGGCUGCGCUGCAAAUCCCAAGGCUGCUGGAGCGGCUCGAAGCGGAGCCAUCCGCGGUGGAGCUCCGACACCGUUUCUAUGGUUACUUUGCGCUGUAUGUGACCGCCAUCUAUGGACACAGGCCCGGCGUCAUCUGCAACCUGACUACCGCCGAAGUCCAGGAAGCCAGAUCCAGAGCUUCGAGCACCUCUCCUGGGUUUGUGAUUAACGUGGAGAACCACAAGACCAACCGGAGCUUCGGGGUCGCACAGCUCUACUUGAAGUCGGACGAGUUCCAGUGGCUCACUCGGUGGAUCGCGGUUAGGGCCGGCCUGGGUCCAUCCUGUGACCUGGUGUUCUUCACACCCGGGAAUGGACCAGUGAAGAAGCUUGUGCACAGCGCACAGAGAGCCUGGAAGGAGAUGGGGCUCGCGGGGAGACCAACCAUGACUGACAUCCGCACCUCUGUUGCUACACUGGCAAGAAACACGCAGCCAAUGGAUGUCCGGAGCAAGAUGUCCAGGCUGAUGUGUCACGACACAGCCACUGCUGACAGGUUCUACGCCCUCAACCUGGAUGAAAAGCAGCUGGAUGACCUCCGGAAGAAGUUUGAAGAGGCCACACAGCCAGCCUCCCCCUCCCCAAGUGUCGAGGUCACCCUCCGUGACUAGUGAGGGUGAAGAAAAAGCUUAUUUAAUAAAAAACAUUACCCAUGGUAGAUGCA